GAAUUCGACAAGACUUCUUUUAUUUUGAGCGUUCGAUAGAUAAGAGGAAAUAUAGUUGGACAUAUUCGUCUUUUGAUAUUCCUAAUAUUAAAAAAGAGAGAAAUGAGCAAAAAAAUAAAACGCUCAGCAGUAUAAUAGCUACGCGAACGACUAUAUAUAUAGAGGCUUCACAGGCCGCCAAGCGAUCUCGCCUUGCCAGUUUACCUCUCAACCUGUUCGGGUUCUGCACUAGUCUUUUGCGUCUGCUAGAGAAGACGGAAAGGGGGAGUCUCGGUGGUCGAUACGCCAGAACGAGUUUCGCCGGAACUGAGGUCCGUUUUCGUGGCGGUUUAAACGUUGUUGUAG